AAAAAAAAAAUUAAUAGGAAAUUGGCUAAAGCAAACAGCCGAAGUUGCUUCAUUUUCAUUUGAAGCAAUUAAGAUUUAACGUUCUGAAACUCUUUUCGAACCAAAAUUGGCACUUGCAAUAAGAGAUUUCUUUCCCACUCACUCUGCGUCUAUCUAAAUCAAAUGGCAUCUAUCCCCUUCACGGACUAUUCCUCCUCCACGGCUACUCGGCUUCUUCCCUUUAGCCGCACCACUUUCCGCCGUAACAGCGCCCUCUUUCUCAGCCGGUUGGUGGGUCCUCUCUCCAUGCGCUCUAGCUCUUUCAGAACCCUCACGGUUGGCUCUUCUUCAGUUUCUUCACUGCCACUCAUAAAUGCUGCAAUCGGUUGCGAGUCGGGUGCUAAGGUGAUUGAUGGAAAGCUGGUGGCCAAGAAAAUAAGGGAGGAGAUAGCUGCUGAAGUAUCGAGGAUGAAGGAUGAAAUUGGUAUUGUUCCUGGGUUGGCUGUUAUUCUUGUUGGGGACAGAAAGGAUUCUGCUACUUAUGUACGAAACAAGAAAAAAGCUUGUGAAUCUGUUGGGAUUAAUUCAUUUGAAGUCCACCUACCUGAAAAUUCCGCAGAACAAGAAGUGCUCAAGUUUAUUUCAGGUUUUAAUGAUGAUCCUUCAGUUCAUGGUAUCCUUGUGCAGUUGCCAUUACCAUCUCAUAUGAAUGAGCAGAACAUCUUGAACGCUGUUAGCAUUGAGAAGGAUGUGGAUGGCUUCCACCCACUGAACAUCGGCCGUCUUGCCAUGCGAGGAAGGGAACCUUUGUUUGUUCCAUGUACUCCUAAAGGGUGCAUUGAAUUGUUGCAUAGAUAUGGUGUUCAAAUCAAAGGGAAGAGGGCAGUUGUGAUUGGUCGCAGCAAUAUUGUUGGAAUGCCAGCUGCUUUGUUGCUUCAAAGGGAAGAUGCAACUAUAAGUAUCGUCCAUACUAGAACCAAGAACCCUGAGGAGAUCACCAAACAAGCAGAUAUCAUAAUAUCUGCUGUAGGACAACCAAACAUGGUGAGGGGGGAUUGGAUAAAGCCCGGUGCUGUUGUAAUUGAUGUUGGAAUCAAUCCAGUUGAGGAUGCAAAAAGUCCUCGAGGUUACAAGUUGGUUGGUGAUGUUUGCUAUGAAGAGGCCUGCAAGGUUGCUUCAGCUGUCACUCCAGUUCCUGGGGGAGUUGGUCCAAUGACCAUAGCAAUGCUUCUCUCCAAUACGCUUAGUUCGGCAAAGAGGGCACACAAUUUUCAGUGACUUGAAUCAGAAUUUUAAAGUUACUCUUACCGUUUGGGAAAUAUGACCUCGUAGGACUGACCUUUACCGUGUUUUGCUUGAGUUUCCGUUCUUUUCUCAGGAAAGUAUGUCUGUCCAUGUGCUGUCCCUUUACCUUGUUGGUUUAAAUUUAGAUAAUGGUUUAGGAACCAGUUUUGAGGCAUACUGGAUUGUCUUGUUACUGCUAAAUGUAUGUUGGAGCUUUUGGGUUCAA